AUGGAUUCUGACUCUGAUGAGCCAUCUGGCGAGGUGAAGAAACCACGGGUUUUACGCCCGCCUAAUGUCAGAGUUCCAGAAUCCUGGUCACAACUGGCAAGAAAUGAUAUGUUUGCAGGUGCCAGUGCAUCAAAUGCAUCAGCACAAUUUCACCAUGGUAAGCUCUCAAAUAAUGGCCAAAAUGAUGGCAGCAUCCGCCGCGGCGCUGGGCCGUACCACCAGCUGCAGGUCCCACAGAGAGAGGGUGCCAGUAUAUCACCGUAUGGGACCAUGCACACCCCAUUUCGUGCCCCACAAGGUGAAAAUGGGCAGCUUUUGAAAGACCUCGCCAUCCAAAAGAUGACAGGGAUGCUUGCCGAAGUGCUAGUGGUGGUGAAGGAACUUUCACGAGAUGUGCAGUUCAUCAUGGGGGAAAUGGCCGAGGGUAGAACCCCAGCUAGUGGACCAGCCACAAGCCGAGAGCCGUUCCCCGUCCAGCUGCCUAUCACAAACGAGGAGGACUUUAAUGAGGCCGAAGCCCUCUUAAAAACAGAGGCAGUCCGACAAAAGAUGAUUGUCCGCUUGGCCAUGGUGGGAGGCACCAGCUCGACCUGCAUGAUCAGGAGGAUGCUGGCAGCAGCCUUAACAAACGGCCUGGCCUGUAAAUUUAGUUGGGCAGGGAAAGCGUACAAACACAGUGAGGCCAAGCUGCCAUUUAGGGAAACUUGCCUGCAAGACUGCAUGUUUGUUGCUUCUCGGCAGUGUGACAGGAAGCUCACACAGCAGGCCUUCAGUGACAUCGUGAAGAACUGGCUACGUUACGCCCCUUGGCGUGCAGGAGGCUUAAAGAAAAAUUAGAUUGUCCUCUUCAGAUGUGCUAUGGCCCUGCACACAUACAAGCCCACUCACACACAUAGCAUCACCCCCUUGUUCUUCAUGUUUUGUUUGUUGCAUUAAAAAAAAAGAAAAAAAAAUCUUAAAAAAAUCUAAUAAAUGUUUUUAUCCAUAUAA